AUGUCUGUAUCAGCUUCAAAAGCCAAGAGAGAACAAAAGCGUUUAGAAAGAGAGGCAAAGAAAGCAGCCGAAGGUAAAAGUUUGAAAAAGACCAAGAGACAAGCAGAAAAGGAUGCUGCCGAAGACGACGUUGCCGAUGCCAGUGAAGAAGUUGCUAAAUUGAAAUUGCAAACAGAUGAACAUGGAUUGUCAGAUAGAGUUACCACUGGUGUUUUAGACUCUUUGAAAACGUCAAGAGAUAUUAAAUUGUCUUCGGUAUCUCUUUUGUUUCACGGUAAAGUUUUGAUUCAAGAUUCAACUUUGGAAUUGAACUAUGGCCGUAGAUAUGGUUUAUUAGGUGAGAAUGGUUGUGGUAAAUCUACAUUGUUGAAAUCUAUUGCAGCUAGAGAAUUUCCUAUUCCUGAACAUAUUGAUAUCUACUUGUUGAAUGAACCAGCAGAACCAACUGAUUUUUCUGCAUUGGAAUAUGUUGUCAGAGAAGCCGAACACGAGUUGAAGAGGUUAGAAGAUUUAGUCGAAGAUUUGAUAGUCAAGGAAGGUCCUGAGUGUCCAGCAUUAGAAGGUAUUUACGAAAAAAUUGAUGAAAUGGAUCCAUCAACAUUUGAAUCCAGGGCCGCCAUCAUCUUGACAGGUUUGGGAUUCAAUGCUACUACUAUAAAGAAGAGAACCAGAGAUAUGUCUGGUGGAUGGAGAAUGCGUGUUGCUUUAGCUAAAGCAUUGUUUGUCAAGCCAACUCUUUUGUUAUUGGAUGAUCCAACUGCCCAUUUGGAUUUAGCCGCUUGUGUUUGGUUAGAAGAGUACAUGAAGAGAUUUGACAGAACCCUUAUAUUGGUUUCUCAUUCUCAAGAUUUCCUUAAUGGUGUUUGUACCAACAUGAUUGACAUGAGAAUGAAACAGUUGCAACUUUACGGUGGUAACUACGAUUCCUACGUCAAAACGAGAUCUGAAUUGGAAACCAACCAAAUGAAACAAUACAACAAACAACAAGAAGAAAUUGCCCACAUCAAGAAAUUCAUUGCGUCAGCUGGUACUUAUGCUAAUUUGGUUAGACAAGCCAAGUCAAGACAAAAGAUUUUGGAUAAGAUGGAAGCCGAUGGAUUGAUUCAACCGGUUGUUCCUGAUAAGGUUUUCACUUUUAGAUUCCCCGAUGUUGAGAAAUUACCACCACCGGUAUUGGCCUUUGAUGACAUGUCGUUCUCAUAUUCUGGAAAGGACGAAGAUAACCUUUACGAACACUUGGACAUCGGAAUUGAUAUGGAUUCAAGAGUUGCUCUUGUCGGACCAAAUGGUGUUGGUAAAUCAACUUUGCUUAACUUGUUCCAAGGAAAAUUGACUCCACAAAAGGGUAGAGUAAUUAAACACACACAUAUCAAGUUGGGAGUUUACUCUCAACAUUCAGCUGAUCAAUUAGAUUUGACUAAAACCCCAUUGGAAUUUGUUCGUGACAAGUUCGCCUCUAUUUCACAAGAUUAUCAAUACUGGAGAGGACAAUUGGGUCGUUAUGGUUUAAGUGGUGAAUCUCAAACUGCACAAAUGGCUACACUUUCCGAAGGACAAAGAUCGCGUGUUGUUUUUGCAUUGUUGGCCUUGGAAGCACCAAACUUGAUCUUGUUGGAUGAACCUACAAAUGGUUUGGAUUUAUCGACAAUUGAUUCGUUGGCAGAUGCUAUUAACGCUUUCAAUGGUGGUGUUGUUGUUGUUUCCCACGAUUUCAGAUUGCUUGACAAGGUUGCCAAGGACAUUUUCGUCAUUGAAAAUAAGACCGCAACAAGAUGGGAUGGCACGAUUUUGGACUAUAAGAAAUCGUUGGCUGAUAAGGUUGUUCUUUAA